GCGGGCGGGGAUGGCGCGGCCCCGCCCCGCGGGGACAAUAGCGCGGGGCCAUGGCGUCGGCGGGCGGCCGCCAGCACAGCCAGAGCCGCGCCAUCCCUGCCCGCCCCGCGCCGCACGGAGACGCCGCUUCGCUGCCGCCCGGCUGCUGCACCACGCCCGGCGGCACGCUCUUCUCCACCACGCCGGGAGGCACCCGCAUCAUCUACGACCGUAAGUUCCUUCUGGAGCGCCGCAACUCGCCCAUGGCGCAGACCCCGCCGUGCCAGCUGCCCGACAUCCCCGGCGUCACCAGCCCCGGGGCCGGCGACGAGCCCAAGGCCGAGCCCACCAGCCCCAGCAGUCAGGACGGCAAGCCAGCGGCCGGGGACGACGCGCAGUUCGAGAUGGACAUCUGACCAGGCGACCGCUGCUCUCCUUCGCCAUUGCCCCGUUUAUUGGUCCGUUGUUGUUUUUUUUGUUUGUUUUUUCCCUCCCGUUUCGUUUGGGUCUUUCGCCGCAUCGCCCCGCUCCAUCCCCUUCUCUUAACUGGUCUUAAGGAACAGUGCCUGGAAACGGAGGUGCUGCCCGCUGGGCUCCCAUCCUGGGCCUUCCCUGGGAAGUUUCAGCAGCCACGGCACUGGGAAGGCGCCGGCACCUCUGUGCAGUGCAAACUCUCGGGUCCAGAUUAGUCCCCUCUGGCACCUGGGCUCCCAAUUUCUAAGGGGCCACACGUGGCACAAAGCCCUCAGUUUUCCACUUUUUGGUACUAAAAAGAGGGACAACCACGAUACGGGGAGAAGGGAAGGCUGAGCGGCAGCGUCUCUUCCCUCAAACCCCAAUCUGUGCCAUGGGGUUUGGGGUGGGCUUCAUCGCCAGGUGCUUUUGGGAUGCUGUGAGCAAGCGAGUGCGAGUGGAAGUACGAUGCGCGUGCGGCUGAGUGCUUGUGACACACACACAGAUAUAUAUGUUAUAUAGAGAGAAAUAUAUUUUUCCUUAAAAUGCUGGCCCUCGGAGGUCAGGCACGGCCCCGGAGCAGCCAGGGGACGCAGUGUAGCGUGGGGAAGGUGAUGGCCAUCAGCCACGCGGUGCCUUCUGGGACAGCUGCUCUGCGAGCCAAGAAAAAAAACAAUCAAGGACAAAGCGAACUUUCUACAGCUUUCUACGACGUUUCUACGACUUUCUACUGAUUAUUUUUCUCUUUUUGUUUUGUUUUAAACGGGAUUCUGGCUGAAAAGCAAGGAGUGCCCGGCGUCUUGGGGCAGCUUCUCUGCUGUUCAGGGUUGUCGGUGGGUUUUUUAGUUUUCCUGUCUCCUGCACGGGAGGAGGAGAGCUCCCACCGGUGGUUGCUGUUACAGUGAGGUCAAUAAAGAUCUUGGUUCUACGACAGUGA